AAAACAAAAACUCUCGCACGCGGUUUGUUCGUGUCGUCGUCGUCCGUGCGCAGUGUCUUCGGUGGAUCGCGUUUUCUACGCAGCGAUUUUCAAUUUGUUCAGCUAAAUUCCAACAAUUUAGCUCGGGAAACCGUUAUUGAUUGCACCCCGGAAGUCUACUUGAUCCAGCAAUAUGGGAAAGCUCAACGUUACCGUUCUGCGGUACCUCAACAAGGAGGAUUUCCGCAUCCUCACCGCCAUCGAAAUGGGCAUGAAGAACCACGAACUGGUCCCGGGAGCAUUGGUGGCUGCGAUUGCCAGUCUGAAAGCCGGAGGUGUCCACAAAUUGCUGCGAGAACUGUGCAAGCACAAACUGCUCUCGUACGAGCGCGGAAAGAGAUUCGAUGGCUACCGGCUGACAAACACCGGAUACGACUACCUGGCGCUGAAGUCUCUCACGCUGAGAGGAUCGGUGUCCGGCUUUGGAAACCAGAUCGGCGUCGGAAAGGAGUCCAACAUUUACACGGUGGUGAAUGAGGAGGGAACGCCGCUCUGUUUGAAGCUGCACCGGCUGGGACGGGUCUGUUUCCGGAAUGUGAAGGAGAAGCGCGAUUAUCACGGUAGGCGACACAAGAUGAGCUGGCUGUACCUGUCGCGGAUUUCGGCGACGAGGGAAUUUGCCUACAUGAAGGCACUGUACGAGCGGGGAUUCCCGGUGCCGGAACCGAUCGAUUUCAACCGACACUGCGUGAUCAUGGAACUGGUCGAUGGCUAUCCUCUGACGAACAUUUGCGAGGUGGGCAACGUGGAAGCGCUGUACGACGAUCUGAUGAAUCUGAUCGUUCGGUUGGGAAACUGCGGAGUGAUUCACGGCGAUUUCAACGAGUUCAACAUCAUGAUCAAGGAUGAUCAGACGCCGGUGCUGAUCGAUUUCCCCCAGAUGGUGUCCACCUCGCACCCGAACGCCGAGAUGUACUUCGAUCGGGACGUGCAGGGAGUGCGGGAUCUAUUCCGGAAGAAGUUCGGCUACGAGAGCGAAGACUAUCCAAAGUUUGCCGAUUUGGAGCGAGAGGAUGAGUUGGACAAGGAAGUGCUAUGUUCCGGAUAUGGAUUCACCCAGGAAAUGGAGGAUGACAUACUGAAGGAGUACCACCAGGAGGAAGGGGCAGAGGAUGAUGAAGAGGACAGCGACGAUGACUACCAGGACAGCGUGACCGGGGAUUUGGAUGAGAAGGAAAUUGAGGAGUGCCGUAGGAAGCUGGAGGAGGAAAUUAAGUUCUCGGAGGAGAAAGCAGCCCCGCCAUCCAAACAGGAGGACAAAAACUCCAGCAUUCUAAAAUAUAUAGCGUCCAUGUCGGCCGAAGAAAUGGAAAAGCCAUUCAACGAGGAAGAAGAAGAAAUGUUCAAGGAUGCCUUGCCCGAUGCAGCCGCAUCGACAUCGGAUUCAUUCCCAGAAUCAAAUAUUCCCCAGCAAGACCACAUCCUCCCAGAACCCGUAGCCAAAAACGACGACGACGAUGGAGCAUCCAUCAGCUCGAACGAGCUGAUCACCAACGAGCAGGACGACCAGCUAGCCGAGCUGGAUCCCAACUCCCGAGAGUUCCGGAUGAUUAUGGUGCGCAAGCUGUUGGACGAUGCCCGAAGUGCCCGUUCCUACUCGACCACCGCUAGUACGAUUGCGCCCUCGGUGGUGACGGAUCGAGUCAAGGGCGGCAUCCGUCAGCAGGAGAAAAAGGACCAGAAGAAGCGAGCCGUCCCCAAGGGAGAGGCCAGCGCUGUCCGGCGGAUGCGGAAGGAUAACAACAGUAUCGUCAAGGAGUACCGAGGGUGGGAUUUCUGAUAAGGUAAGUGAACUAUUAGGGCUAGAUUGUUGUACACUAAUAUAUUAUUAAUCGUA